AUGCUAACGGCUCAUCUAGAUGGUGGGGGUGUUCGCGGACUCUCCUCCCUCCUAAUCCUUCAGCUGCUACUAGCUCUUGUCACGGAGGAACUCAUCGACGCCGGAGUAAUACCAAGGGGCCAUGCCACUAUUAAGCCUCAAGACGUGUUUGACGUUGCCACUGGCACAAGUACCGGCGGGUUAAUCGUCCUUAUGAUGGUCAAACUGGACAUGUCGAUAGAAGAAUGCAUCCAACAAUACAAGGAGCUCUCUCGGCAUGUCUUCUCGCAAAGUCGCCCGCUGCUGAAGAGAGUGUUCGGAUCUGAUUGGUCCAAGUACUCCGGGAAGAGGCUUCAAGAAGCGGUGGAGAAAUUAUUGAAAUCCAGAGACCAACCGAUCACACUGAUGAUGCGAUCUGGUCGUAGACAAAACAGCAUGAGAGGGACGGUUCUCUGUCACGAAGUGCAACAGCCUCAUUCCGUUUUCUUCUGUACGCAAGAAUGUCGGGGCCCAUAUCAACAACACAUGUUGAAGUGCGAUCUCGAACUACGGCAUGCCGCACGUGCUACCAGCGCAGCUCCAUCAUAUUUCAACGAGAUGAGGAUUGAGACCCGCAGUUUCGUGGACGGGGGCUUCGGCCUCAGUAACAAUCCUUCGUGGGAAAGCCAGGUUCACUACCACCGAAACCACGAUGUCACAACGAACCGACAGCUGGUUAUGAUCAAUCUUGACACGGGCAGUGUCCCUGCCGAUGCGAACGUGGGCCGGCUACAACAGCGACCGUGGUGGACGAGACUUGUGCCCAAUGGUCUCCUCAAAGCAAUGGGCCUGGUCUCUGAUCUGGUGAAGAUGGCAACAGACUCGGAGCAGCCAGCGGAACAGUUGCGUUACCUGUCGGAGGACCAUCCUGAUCAGCUCUUCUUCAAACGAUUCAGCGCCGAUACCGGGAUUCAUGACAUUCAGCUGGACGACUGGCGGGCCGCAUCGGGCGUCGACGGCACCGGAAUCAUCGAGGAAAGAACACAAGCCUACCUGCAAGACCCAGCAGUCCUGACGGGGCUGAGACAUGCGGCUAAGAAGUUGGCAGAAGUGUAUGCCCAACGGCACGAACAAGUCGAAAUACCGGCCAUGGCCGCCUUGGACAGACGGCAGAGUGUCGAUCUGUCAAUAUCUGUCGUGGUCGGGGAAGGAGAGCGGAGCCGCAUCGGUCUACCGGGGCAUUCCAGAGCGUUGACUCCCGGAUCUUCCGCUGAUGCCAUUCCCAGUCUCGUCACGGGAUCGGAACCAACACAGUCGCCGAAUUCGUCGCCUCCAGGAACGCCAGAGCCCGGUCGAAACCCAUAUCCAGCGAUGCUGGGCCCCGAAACCAAGGAGAUCCUUCAGGGCCAAGGGCAGCAAUUCAAAGAAAAUGUUGUUUCCUCAUUAGGGUUUCUCAGUCCCAUGUCCUCCGACCGCUCGCGGUCUCCAAUGGCUAGACGAGCAGCCACUUUACCUGUCUCGCGGGAUUUGGGUCUAGGCAGAGUCAUGUAG